GUUGUUGUUCUUCAGACAAUAAUUCUGGUAGUGACGGUGAUCAUGGCCGUGACGGCAACACCAGAGGACGGAUAUGGCGAACCGGGAACUGGCAGUCCAACGUCUGGCGGCCUCGGGUCGGGCGGAUUGGGAUCUGGGGGACAAGGGUCCAGCGGCCUAGGAGUUGGGGGACCAGGGAUUCAGGCUCGGUAUGUGCCCGCAAUACCUAGAGGCCAGUACGGCUCUGCCCCCGCCAAGUACAACUUCCAAUGGGACGUCAACGACCAGCCAUCAGGCAACUUCUACGGUCACGGAGAGCAGAGGGACGGAGACAACACCCAGGGCAGUUAUUAUGUCCAGCUGCCUGACAGUCGUCAACUGAAGGUUGAAUACUUCGUUGAUCAGUUCGGUUACCACCCCACCGUCACCUUCGAGGGCGAUGCCCAGUACCCCAGCGGUUCCGGUCAAGGUACCGGGUCACAGAAGGGCUACUACCAGUAGCAGACCUCCACAGACCCUCAGCUGCACUGUUAAGACCGGCAGGCCCGGGUCUCAACACGGCUAUCAUCAGUGAC